GAAGAGGACAUAGAGGGGAUGGAAAGAGGGAGAAAGAGAGAAAGAAAGCGUGCAGCUGGUUUAUACUAUAACUGUUGUUAGUCACCCACUUUCCCUUCGAUUUUAGAGCUUUUGUCUGCAAGUAAUACAUUUUGAAACGGAUUUUUCCCCUCUUUUAUUGCUCCCACGUUUAAUCAGGACCACGGACAGCGCCAGUUUGCGCGCCCCUGGCGCUGCGUCAGGACGCAUUUUCCACUCCUUGAGACAUGACACGCACGGAGACUCUCAGCGCAACGUGACACCCCGAUGAGCCAAAGUGUCUCAAACAACAUCCGCUCCGUCCACUUUCAACGUUUCCAUCCCCACGCUGCUGCCGUGUCUGCGUGUUUGUAAAUGAUCGCCUGAAGCGUCGUUUGGAGGUUUUUACGCACGGACCAAAAACCAAGGAUUGUUUAUUUUUUUAGGGCAUGACUCUGCUGGACGCUCUCCGAAGGAAGAGGUAAUAUGUCGGGAGAACUGACCGACCCUAACGAGGAAGGUUCGGGCGGGACAGUCCGUUCUGUCGCCUCCAACUUGAGCAGCUUCAACAGCACCAACAGCUCUCACGGAGACUUUGGCAGAGCGGAUUUUGUUGGAGAUGGAGCGGCUGUUGUGCGGAUUACAAUUUCUGCCAUUUACUCUCUGGUUUGCGCGCUGGGUCUGGUUGGAAACUUAUUAGUUUUGUACUUAAUGAAGACGAAGCACGUGUGGAGAAAAUCCUCCAUCAACCUUUUCGUAACUUGUUUGGCGCUGACGGACUUCCAGUUCGUCCUGACGCUGCCGUUUUGGGCUGUGGAGAACGCGCUGGACUUCACCUGGCCUUUCGGGAAAGCCAUGUGUAAGAUUGUCUCUUAUGUGACAGCUAUGAACAUGUACGCCAGCGUGUUUUUCCUGACGGCCAUGAGCGUGGCGCGCUACUGCUCCCUGGCCUCUGCGCUGAAGGGCAGGCGGCGGCGGACGCACUGCUGCUCCGCGCGCUGCAUCAGCCUCCUCAUCUGGGUCGCCGCCGUCUCCGCCGCGCUGCCGCACGCCGUUUUUUCCACCACCGCCACGGUUUCCGGGGAGGACCUGUGCCUCGUUAAAUUCCCAGAAGCCAACGGCACCGCGCAGUUCUGGCUGGGACUCUACCACUCCCAAAAAGUGCUGCUGGGUUUCGUGGUGCCCCUGGCAAUCAUCUCAGCCUGCUACCUGCUGCUUUUGCGCUUCAUCACCUCCAAAAACAUAAACACUUCCAGCGCCAAACGGCGCGCCAAAGUCACCAGGUCCGUCACCAUCGUAGUUCUGUCAUUUUUCCUCUGCUGGCUGCCCAAUCAAGCGCUGACAGCCUGGGGCAUCCUCAUCAAACUCAACGUGGUUCCCUUCACGUAUGACUACUACACCAUGCAGGUGUACGUGUUCCCCGUGUCCGUGUGCCUGGCGCACUCCAACAGCUGCUUGAACCCCAUCCUGUACUGCCUGAUGCGGCGGGAGUUCCGGAAAGCGCUGAAAAUUCUCUUCUGGCGCAUGGCGUCUCCGACGCUGACCACCAUCAGACCCAUCACAGCCACCACAAAGCCGGAGAUGGACGAGCAAGGGCAGGUGCUGGUGCCCAUUAACGCGCCAGCCACGCCGCCUGUGGUCUUUUUCCCCCCUGGGGCCGUCAUUUACAACGACAGGCGAGACCCCCAGCAUAACGCAACGUAGUCUGACGGCUUUGGGAGAUUUCUGUGUCUUUGCGCAUUAACCACCGCAGCUUGAAAAGUUUUGUCAAACAGCUUAUCCCCUCUGACUAAUGCUUGCUCUUUAAAAGCAGCAGGAAAUAGGGGUUUAAUGUCCAUUAAACUGUGUCAAAAAUGUAUGUAAAAUGUGUCUAUGGAGAUUCUCAGUCAUCCAGGUCACGUUACCAACCAACAACCUGACGAACAGACGUAUCAAGUGCGUUGAGACUUCUUUUUUCCCCAGAAUGACAUCCAUCACUGAAGUGCCGCAGUUUCCUCAUGCUCCACUGAAUCAAAAUGGAUCAAACGAGCCUCUCAGAAUGGUGCUGAGCACAUUUAAGCGACAGGGAUCUCUGAUGAAGGACGAUUGCUCCAAAACUGAAAAAGAAAAAGACUUGAUGAUGAAAGAGAGCACCAUUUAUGCAUUCUCUGACUGUAACCUGCAAUAAAAGUUAACCCAAAACACAGAUAUGAAAGACUAAGGAGAAAUGGAACCAUUUUUUCGUAGAUUUUUAGUAAGAAUAAAAGCACUUCAAUUAAAUCGCUGAAUGAUAAAUAAAAGAAAGGGAAACAGUUUUCUCAAAAGCUGAAUGAAUCAGAUGCUUUUAGUUUUUUUCAUCAGAGAAAGAAAACUGCAAUUAGCGUUUUAGUGAUGUAUUCUCUUACUCUUAAAAUUAAAAAAAAGAGUGAAAGAUUGAUCGUUUUGCAUUUAGAGGAGAAAAAAUCUGCAUCAUUUAGUCAAACCACAAAACUUAUAUCACUCUUUCUAUUUCCAACUAGAAAAACAAAACAUUUUUUAAGUACAAUAAACAUCAGAGACUGAGCUGCAAAUGUUCAGAGGAUAUGCUUUUCUUCUCUUUUAUGUCUAAAUCUGUCACAUCCAUUAGCCAAGAAGACUUCUAAUGGACCAGAGGCAACUUAAUCACCACAUCCCUGUCAAAUCUGCUGCAUUAACACGGAUCUUUUCAUUUAAAUGACACUAAUAGUCUAUUUAACUGUUCAGAUUUCCUAAAGAGUCCAUGAUUGAUAUAAUCACCAGACUUAAUGCAUUUUGUUUAAAAAAAAAAAAAGACUUUUGAGUCCUGCAGUGCAUCCUUCUGUCAUCACUUGACUUCCUGCUGAGAUGAAACAAUGAGGAAGUCAUGCAAAGAUUCUCACUAUAAUGAAUUGAGAUGAAAAACUCCCAAAAUUAAAAUAAAAACAAUGAAUUAUUUAACUAAAAAGCUGAAAGCAAAAAUACUUUUUUUAAUUUAUAGAUGCAAACAUAAUAAUCCUAUUAGAAAUAAAUGGCUAAUGGUCACAGGACCUGGCUAUUAAACCAGUAAAGUCGAGCGAUCUGUUGUGUGGGUGUCGAAUGUGGAACACACAUCGCUGCAGCACACGGGAUGAUUUAUCUGACGGUUAAAUUCCCCUAUGAGGACAAGAAAAAAAGCAGAAUAAAAAUUAGGAUUAGAAAUUCAGAUGCAACUGCAAGUGUUCCCCCAGAGAGAUGUGCAAAAAUCCUAAUAGUUCUCCCACAGCGCUGGAGAAGAUCCUUUGAUUUGAAAUUGAACUCCGAACAAUGUUUGUUUUUUUUCAAAUCUUUCAGGUUGUAACGCUUCUAAGGAACUCUGUAAGUUGCUGUGGGUGUCUUUGUCAACAUGGAAGUGAUAUGAGUUGACAAAAGUGACACAAAGCUUUGAAAUGUCAGCGUGGCGCUGAUCUUUCUCAGUACGAAGCUCCAAAGCAGACACAGAAAGAGAUGCUCUGUGACGAGGAGCAUUUCUGCUGUCCUAUAGGAAACAUGGGAUGGUGUUCAAACACAGAGAUUACCAAACAUCUUUCUGUUUUGUGGAUAUUUUUAGAAAAACACAACAUGAUUUCUAUUAUUACACACAAUUCUGUUGUGAAUAAAUACAAAGAAACCCUUAAAAUAGCACUUUAAUAGUACUUGAGGACCACUUUCGGCCAAAAAUCUAAAAAUGUUUAAAUUUUUUCAAUGGCUUUGCCCUGUAUUUCCUAAAAUUUUCUUUCUGUUUUUCAUAACUACAAGAAAAAAAAUCAAAAUUAAAAAUAAUUUCUCCUUUUUUUUGUCAAUACAACUUAUCAAUAAAACACAAGCUGCAAAUCAAGGUUAUAAAAUUAAUCGUUAUUGAAGAUGCAAUUUUCAAAACCCCAUACUUUUAUCGAUUAACUUCUCCUAAAGCUACCACGUUGUGCCUUCCCCUCCUUUGCCUCCUAAAAUAAUCAAGAAAACUGAUUAGAAUUACGAUUCAUUGUGACUCUUUCUUCAAGGGAUCCAUUUGUCUCUAUAAGUCAAACGUUUUCUGCUCGUCUCCAUAAAGUAAAGUGUGCUUUCAGUGUGCCUCAGAGGAGGGAUGCUGAAACAAGCAAUCCUUUAUUUUCUUUUACAUCAUGCUAAGUCAUAUAUAAUAAAUGAAGCAGAUGUUUUACUUAGUUUGCCAUUUGCUCAAACCACUUUACAUUCCAGGAAAUCUGUCUGCUUUUGUUCUUUUUUUCUCAAAUGUAUCUUAAUUGAAAUCCUGGUGGACUCUUCCAGGAGACCAAGAGGAAGUGACUAAAUCUGCUGCAAGACAAACCAGCUAGAACAUUUUUUUUUUUUUUUUUUACUUUUUUUCAGUUUAUGAAUUAGAAUGGGAAACAUACCUUGAAUAUGAGGGAAGAAAACCUUCAAAUAUUUAAACAAAAUGCUAUUUUAAAUCAUGUUUGUUUAUUUUUUUUGUUUUUUUUAGAUAAAACUGGGCCAAACCACAAAUGCAGUGUGCAAAAGGAGUAAAUCCAAAUUUCUUCUGGACUUAAAUGCUAAGUAAAUGUCAUGUGCUGCCAUUCAAAUGUGCCUGGUUAAUUGGUUAUCAUCACUUCUCCUCCAGGAAAAGGGACUCUUUUAUUUUCUCCCAUCAAUCUGAGAAGAAAAAUUAAAUUCAUUAUGCAAGAAAGAUUAUUUACAAGUCAAGGACAGUGUCUUUAUUGUGUUCUCACAGUGAUAGAGAAGACACACCUUGACGUCAGAUAAUGUUAAAAUAAAUUGACCUCAUUUUAAAAAAGAUAUCCCGAAAACAACAAGACAUUCAGUAUUCUUCUCAACAAAAAGACAAACAAGUAAGUUUUUUUAAGCAAAAGUUGUGUUUGGUGAAAACAUUUUAAGCACAAGCAACACCUUUUGACAGCUGUCAAGCAUAGUGGUGGAAGCGUCAUGAUUUGGGGUUGCCUUACUGUAGCUGUGUUGGAAAUUGUGAGAAAUCAAGAUUCUUGCAGCUAAAAAAAAAAGAAAAAAAGUAGUGACUGCAAUGAAAAAAUAAACAGAUAUUGAAAAAAAAGGUUAAAUAAGAAAA